CAUCGGCAAAAAAGGGUGGAAAACAACAGUUCUGAAACAAUGGUGUCGUCGAAGAAACCGAACCAGGAGAAGAAGCCGAAGAAUGGUGACGGUCUCAACACGCGCAGCUCCGGCUCCAAAACGAAGAAGAAGACGGCGAAUAAGGCGAAGUUAAAGGACGUUGCGGAGAAGGAGCCGGAGGUUCACGAGAUCUCGGAAUCGUCGAGCAGCGAAGGGAGGCGUGAUGAGCCGAAGGAAAGCAAUGGCGUCGUCGUUUCGGAAGACGCUAAGAUGGUUAGGUUCCCGAUGAAUCGGAUUCGGAGGAUCAUGAGAAGCGAUAACUCAGCUCCUCAGAUCAUGCAGGACGCUGUCUUUCUUGUCAACAAAGCCACGGAAUUGUUCAUUGAGCGGUUUUCUGAAGAAGCUUACGGAAGUUCUGUCCAGGACAAGAAGAAGUUCAUCCACUACAAACAUCUCUCAUCUGUAGUGAGUAACGAGGAGAGAUAUGAGUUCCUUGCAGAUUGUGUUCCUGAGAAACUAAAAGGAGAGGUGGCAUUGGAGGAAUGGGAAAGAAGUAUGACAGAUGUAGGCUGAGAUGAGAUAAAACCUGUUGGAACCUAACCUGAACCUUUGGGAAUUUGAGUCAUGUCCUGGUCAAUCGGUUCCAUCUGCCCAAUCUCCACAUUCCUUUAUAAUCCAUAAUGAGAUUGCAAAUAGUUCAUUUCUAGAAUAUAUUACCUUUUUUUUCUUUUUACUAGUUCGAGUUUGUAAGAUUAUAAGGUUUUAUAAUUUGGCUACAAUGAAAUUUAUGAUCGGCAA